AUGGAGAAUAAAACAGGGGUGACUGAAUUCAUCCUGCUGGGACUCACCAGUGCCCCCGGACUGCAGGUCCCCUUGUUCAUCGUGUUUGCUCUCAUCUACCUCCUCAGCGUGGUUGGAAACCUGGGGAUGAUUGUUUUGAUCCUCAGGGACUCUCGUCUUCAUGCUCCCAUGUACUUUUUCCUUAGUAACCUGUCUUUGGUGGACUUUUGUUAUUCUACAGCUGUCACUCCCAAGGUGAUGGCUGAGCUGCUUAUGGGAGACCAGGUCAUCUCCUACAAUGCAUGUGCUGCUCAGAUGUUCUUUUUUGUAGCCCUGGCCACCGUGGAAAAUUUCCUCUUGGCAUCAGUGGCUUAUGAUCGCUAUGCAGCCAUGUGCAAACCCCUACACUACACGACCACCAUGACAACCAGUGUGUGUGCUGGUCUGGCCACAGGUUCCUAUGUCUACAGCUUUCUGAAUGCCUCUGUUCACAUCAGGGACACAGUUGGUCUCUCUUUCUGUAGGUCCAAUCUAGUCCAUCACUCUUUCUGUGAUGUUCCAGCAGUCAUGGCUCUCUCUUGUUCUGAUAGAUGUGUUAGUGAGCUAGUUCUUGUCUUUGUGGCAAGCUUCAAUAUCUUUUUUGCCCUUUCGGUUAUCUUGGUUUCCUACCUGUUCAUAUUUGUCACCAUCCUGAAGAUGCACUCGGCCGAGGGAUAUCAAAAGGCUUUAUCCAUCUGCGCUUCUCACCUCACCACAGUCUCCAUCUUCUACGGGACUGUCAUUUUUAUGUACUCCCAGCCCAGCUCCAGUCAUUCCAUGGAUGUAGACAAAAUCGCGUCUGUGUUCUAUACCAUGGUCAUCCCCAUGCUGAACCCCCUGGUCUAUAGUUUAAGAAACAAGGAGGUUAAAAGUGCUUUCAAGAAGGCAGUAGAAAAAGCAAACUUGUCUCUAGGCUUCACCUUUUAA